GCCCAGUGGGUCAAGGUUACAAUAACGGUGAAUGUUUUACUUGUGGAAAGUUAGGACAUAGGGCAAGAGAUUGCCCUCAGGGGACUGAGGGAAACAAACAGAAUUGACAUAGGGCAGGAACGGCAGGGAGACAAUUACAGGAUAGCCAAACACAGUUAAUAUGCCCUUUAAUGUUUAAAAAACAGACAAGCCCAGAAGUAGUAUUAGAAGUAGAAGGUAAAGAAAUAACCUUUUUGAUAGAUACAGGAGCUGCAAGAUCAGUAAUAAAAAAGGAAGAUGCACCGCAUUUGGCAUUGUCUGACGACUCUGUACUAACAAUAGGAGCCUCAGGCCAAGCUAAUAGGGAAGUGCUCACGAAGCCAGUCAAUGUCAAAUGCAAUAAAAAGGUUGUGACGCAUUCAUUCAUAUGCUCCCAAUUAUGUCCAGUGAACCUGUGUGGUAGAGAUUUACUGACAGCCCUCUGCAUAAAGAUAGAGUGUAACCCAGGAGGUAUUAUUGUUGACAUACCUAUAAUGUACACAGAUUGCACUCACCAAUCUGAUUGGCUUUAUGCAUGGGAUUUGUUGCCAGGGAAGCGAACUGCACAGCUAGAACAGCUCACUGUUGAGAUAUGGGGACACGAGCCAGAGAGAAUGCCUGCGUCACGAAUGCACUGUACUGCACUCUAUUCAAAUGGACAAAGGGAUUUUGAAUUUGAAAAUACGUGGUUUGAAACCACUGAAACCACCCCAGCAUAUGUAGAAUAUUUAGAAACGCAAUAUCUAUAUUGGUCGGAAGAUUUUGCCGCACUCUCAAUUAUCUUAACCUCAGAGCAACAAAAGGUGUAUGAAGUAAAAACAGGCGCUCCACAUGUAUCACUUGCAAAGCGACCUGGGUGUGCAUGGAAGGAUUUGGGUCCCUGGGUGCUCAAACUGUCGCAGCUGGGGGACUGGGUCACGGUGCCAAAAGGCGAGUUUUCCCCAUCUGGGCAAGCAUACCGGAUGUUAAAAAGGGGGACUUGGGUUUGUCACCGGGUGAUGCUUGAAUUAUCGGCUGCUCCAGAUCCUCAACACCUAAUGAUGAUGGGUGAGGGGGGUGAGCCGGACUGGUUGAAGGACAUCCCCCAACAGCUGUGGCCCACCAGCAAGAAUGAUUUUGGCCUCAUAAAAGACUGUGAGCCCCUGGUGGUUAAACCAAAAAGCACCCAUCGACCCAAACAAAAACAAUAUCCUCUAGGGAGGGAAGCCAUUGAUGGCAUUCGACCUCUACAUGAGGAAUUAGUAAAAAGGGGGGCUAUAGUACCCGCAACCGGAGCCCGUUGCAACUCGCCAAUCCUCCCAGUUAGAAAGGCAAAUGGGGAGUGGCGAUUUGUACAAGAUUUACGUCUAAUUAAUUUGGCAGUACACCAAAGAACCCCUAUCGUACCUAACCCGAUCACUUGUCUCUCUGGUGUUCCGCCGUCUGCCAAAUGGUUUUCUGUGAUUGAUUUAGCAAAUGCAUUUUAUAGUGUUCCAAUUGAAAAAGGGUCACAAGAGUGGUUUGCGUUUGUAUUUGAAGGCAAACAGUGGACUUGGACUCGAAUGCCACAGGGCUAUACAGAAUCACCGGCCGUGUUUAGCGCAGCGAUGCAGGCAAAUUUAGCAGGAUUCAUACCCCCCCGAGGGGGUACGUUAAUACAGUACGUCGAUGAUUUACUGCUGUGUUCUGAAUCCGUUGAAGCAAGCGAGAUCGAUACUAGGGCUUUGUUGUGUUUUCUUGCAAGAGAGGGGCACAAAGUUAACAGGCAAAAGCUGCAGCUCUGUAAAAGAGAGGUAACUUAUCUGGGCCAUCUGCUGUCUGCUGAGGGGAAGUCCCUGUGUAAAGACAGAGUUGAGGCAAUACUAAAGAUACCGCAGCCGGUUACCAAGAAACAAAUGAUGACGUUUCUGGGGAUGACUGGGUAUUGCAGGGCUUGGAUACUUGACUAUGCCACUAAGGCACAGCCUUUGCAGGAUUUGAUACAUACUAACCAAAUGAAAAUGACUGACGCAAUUACUUGGACUACUGACAGUUUACAGGCAUUUGAAGAACUGAAACAAGGACUGACUGCAAACCCCUGCCUAGGGAUCCCUAACCACGAAAAACCCUUUAACUUGUAUGUGUCUGAAAAGGACGGAUUUAUGUCAGCUGUGCUCACUCAGAGACAUGGGGAUAAACAGCGACCGGUGGGGUAUUAUUCAAAGCGCAUGGAUUCUGUGGUUAGAGGCAAGGUUGCCUGCAUUCGAGCUGUGGCUGCUGCGUCGGAAGCGGUUAGCUGUUGUGUAGAUUUAGUGCAAAUGUCAGAAUUGAUAGUGCAGGUCCCCCAUGCGGUCUCCGCUCUAUUAAAUCAAUGCAAAACCGCACAUUUAACUCCAGCCCGGCUCCUACACUAUCAAAACGUGUUACUAACUAUGCCAAAUGUAACCAUUCAAAGGUGUACCAAUCUAAAUCCUGCCACAUUAUUGCCAAAUAGUGACGAUGGGGAACCUCAUGAUUGUCAGCAAAUAAUAGAAAUCGCGUGCACACCAAGACCAGAUCUAAGAGAUGAGCCUUUAGAGAACCCUGACCUUGUUCUCUAUGUUGAUGGAUCUGCACAGCGGAAUAACAAGGGAGAAGGGCUGGUGGCCUACGCAGUGGUAACUGACAGUUGUACUAUAGAAGCAAAAAGGCUGCCCUCCCAUUGGUCUGCUCAGGCUGCUGAACUAGUGGCACUCACCAGGGCGUGCCUCCUCUCUGAAGAACAGACAGUGACUAUCUACACUGACAGCCGUUAUGCCUUUGGAGUCGUACAUGAUUAUGGGGCCUUGUGGAAACUACGGGACUUCCUUACAGCCUCAGGCAAGCCGAUUAACAAUGGUGAAUUGGUAAAAAACCUCCUGGAAGCUAUACAACGACCUAGGGAAAUAGCCGUGGUAAAAUGCGCAGCGCACACUAACUCCACUGACAUUGUUUCCCUAGGAAACGCACGGGCAGAUGCCGCAGCAAAGGCUGCUGCACAAUCUGGCGAUCCGGGCGAAUCUGUGUAUCUGUGUAACUCAUCUGUUGUUGAUCAGUCUUUCUCUUUACAGGAUAUUAUAGAUCUCCAGGCUUCGGCAGAUGAGAAGGAGAAAAGAAAGUGGAAGAAGGAGGGGGGUAGAAUAGAGGCCGGGCUCUGGCUGGGGCCAAACGGGAAGCCUAUACUACCCAGAGCCUGUUAUCCCCUAAUGUGUAAAUGGGCACACGGCCUUGACCACGUGUCAAAAGGAGGGGUGGGUGCGAGCUGCCCUGCCGGAUCCAGCUGAAGGACCCGGACACAGCAUUCGCCCCGGGGACUGGGUAGUGAUCAAGGACCUCCGGAGAAGGUACUGGCACCAACAGCGCUGGGGAGGCCCGUUCCAGGUGCUACUAACAACACCAACGGCAGUCAAGGUUGCAGAAAGACCAACGUGGAUACACGCCAGCCAUUGCAGGAAGGUACCCCACGAUCCUGAGGAUGUACCGGCUAUUGGAGCCCCGACCACACAGACCGUGGCCCUGGAAUGAUUGGGGUUUUCGACUCAUGACUGUGUCUUUGCUCAGUGGCAUUCUGUGUGUACUCCUUAUUUUCAUGAUAACUGAACUCCCGGGAGACAGUAGCCACAGUAUUAACGGUACUGAUAGCCAACCUGGGAUGAACAGAACAAAAAGGACACUCCAUGUUUGGAGCAAUGAACAUGGCAGGAAACAUGCCGACAAUGGGUGGUGGGCUAUGCUUAAUCACUCUGUACGGAACACGUUGAACAUUACUGAACCCUGUUAUGUAUGCUCCAUUAUGUCUCACUCAGCGGAGGAGCCUUUUCCCUUAUAUCCUGUGGAAGUCCCAACCAGUGUAUUGGGCCCUGCUAUGGCCGUCGUAACUGUUACUGCAGAAGGAGGAUCAGACCGCGAUAAUUGUAAAUUGAUUGUGCAUAGCAUAACCUCAUCCUGCCUCUCCUCCGGUUCCGAUAACUCAAAAAGCCUAUUGUCUAUGUUCGACCCCACACUUGAUACAAGUUGCUAUGACAACAGUAGUCUCUUGAUACAUAUUAGUUGGUGUGAUAAAUUGAUAAGUAGAAAGACACCACAGCCCACUCCAAUGGCCCAAGUGAUGCCAAGAACUGCUCCCUUCACCAACAGAACGCUCUGCUGGUGUAGGGGGAACAUAGCUGAAGGUAGAUAUAUGGGUUUGUCAAACUGUGUAACUUACGUACAUUACGUAAAACAGUCAACCACUGAUCUCCUAAAGAAAACGAAGAUGAGUGAUUCCCUUCAAAUUGGUGAUACUUUAAUACAAGCCUAUCCCAUAAAAUUGGGCCCUGGUGAGAAUGGGGCAGGAACGUUCAUGAAUCACUAUUGGGUAUGUGGACAGGCGGUUUAUCUUAGCCUGCCAAAGCAUUGGUUCGGGUGUUGUGCUUUCGUAACCCUCAAUACCACUAUGAAAGUGUUCAAGGUGAAUGAAUCACAUAAGGUACACAAAAGAGUUAAGCGGAGUCAGUUUUUCUCCCCCAACGAUGUUCCUCUUGAUUCUCGCAGAUCUGGAAAAGGGGAUAAACUAGCGGGGGCAUUAUUCCCAUGGUUUGGGGUGAGUCAAAAUGCGCAUGAAAUUGAUAAAGUAGCGUAUGAGCUAGAAACAUUGACUAACCUAACUACUGAAGGUUUCCAGAUAAUGCAGCCUGAGAUAAGAGCCAUCAGAAUUAUGGUAAUGCAAAAUCGAAUGGUAUUGGAUAUGUUGUUAGCAGAACAGGGGGGAGUCUGCCACCUAGUGGGGGAACACUGUUGCACAUACAUACCAGACGGAGAUACAAAUUUAACCGAAGUAGUACAGCAUUUGUCUACACUCCGGGAACGUUUGGUCAAUGAGCAUGCUUAUGAUACUGGUUGGGACCCGUUCUCCUGGAUCCAAUCUAUAUUUGGGUUCUGGGGAACAAACCUGUUUCACUGGAUAAUAUAUGGGCUGGUUGUGAUAAUUGCAUUAAUAAUAUUAAUCACUUGUGUGAAAAAGCUUUGUACUAAAAUUUUGGAUAAUGCUCUAACUAUGCCAUUGCUUACUACUGAGAACUUGCGUAAUGAAGAUAAUGACCCUUUCAGGGACAUGGAUGAUGAUGUUGUAUAAUUAUUCUAUCUAACAAUAGUUGUAAUAAUAUUUACAAAAGGAGGGAAUGUGAUAGCAGAAAUAGACUAAUCAUACUAUGAGUUUUAAUGUGAUAGCAGAAUGAUAGACUAAUCAUACUAAGAGUUUAAUUCACUGUGUUUUGAUUAUUAAGAGUUUUAAUUCAAUGUGUUUUGAUGAUUUCUGUGACUUGUAUAACCUGAAUAAUGAUAUUAUAUGAAGUUUGGUGUUAACAAAAUAUUAAAAUUACAAGUGUUGAACUAACAUUCUGGAAUAUUGCCAAGGGUCAGCAGCCCUGUUUUCCGAGAAGUGCAUGAGUCAGCGACAUGAGAAAAAGGACACUGUCUCAAAAGAUAAUAUUUUGGGACAGCGAUAAUUCCUCUUUUCUCAUCAGUCACUUAGUAUUCUCAUGUUCGGGGAAUCAACCUUGUGGGACCUCACAAACACUCUCUCCCUAGCAACUAGAAAAAAUCAACCAAUCAGAGAGGUCGGUAGACAACAGUAACAAGAAAACCACAAGGUUGGUUUGAGCUGAAUAAGGGAGAUAAGAAUUACCACAAGUCAUGAACUCUGUGCAAAAACUGAUUAUAUAAGGAACUGUUUGACUAAGUGUAUUUUUGAGCUUCUUUGCGGUUGCUUGCAGAGUCUGUGACACUCUGUUGAAUGCUCCAGUCUGCAGACUAAUAAAGUGUGGCUUGCUCCGA